AUUCGAGAACAGUCGAACAAGACAACCAGAAGAAAGUCGAAUUUAAUUUGACAACUGAUGAAUUCGAGGAAGGAAGUGAAAUCCAACCUGACAACAUCAGAAAAAUAAUCCAAACAACAGAAUAUGAUGCUAGCAGCAAUUCAAGUAGUCGGAUAACUAAAACAAAAACGAACAAAAAAAAUGAUAUGGAAGAUCACAAGAAACCAACUGAACUUACCAAAAAUAAUAACUAUUUA